UUUAGUCUUAUAUGAAGUAUGCUCGUCUGUUCUGUAUUUUCAUUUCCACUUUCAGAAACUUCAGUAUGGAUAUUCUUAAUUCCUUGUUUGUUUUGUCGAUAACUGCACUCGUAGCAUCGCCUCAUUUUUCUUCUUCAGCAACAUCUGAUUCUGCCUUGAAGGAAGGCUCGUCUCUUUCUGUAGAGAAUCCGCAGGACAUUCUUGUUUCAAAAACUGGCGUUUUCUCCGCUGGAUUUUACCCUGUCGGCGACAAUGCUUACUGCUUUGCUGUGUGGUUCAGCAAACCAUCUUGCAGUAGGAGUUCUACUAGUAGCAGUUGUACCGUCGUUUGGACGGCAAAUCGUGAUUAUCCGGUUAAUGGCAAACGUUCAAAGCUUCGGCUGCAACAAAAUGGAAAUCUUGUCCUGACAGAUGCUGAUAAAUCCAUUGCUUGGUCCGUCAAAACUGCUUCUCUUUUGUCAACAGAGCUAACCCUUUAUGACUCUGGCAAUCUUGUUCUGCAUACUGUGAAGGGUGCUGUUCUCUGGCAAAGCUUUGGUUCACCGGCGGACACUCUUCUUCCCCUACAACAAUUUAACAAAGACAUGCAGCUUGUCUCGUCAAGAAGCAGAACAAAUCUUUCUUCUGGUUUUUACAAGCUAUUUUUCAACAAUGAUAAUCUUCUUCGUCUUCUAUAUGACAGUCCAGAGGUCUCGAGUAUAUAUUGGCCAAAACCGUGGCUUGUGAGCUGGGCAACAGGGAGAUUCUCUUACAAUCGCAGCAGACUCGCCUUUCUUGAUACUUUAGGCAAGUUUACUUCAUCCGACAAGUUUUCUUUUCUAUCAGGAGAUUAUGGAGUGAGACUUCAACGAAGACUAACACUUGAUUUUGAUGGCAAUCUUCGAUUGUACAGUAGGGAAGAGGACAACGAAAACAACAAAACUUGGGUUAUUUCAUGGCAAGCCCUGUCUCAAUCAUGUAUGAUUCAUGGAACUUGCGGACCUAAUAGUAUAUGCAACUAUGAUCCAAUUUCUGGUAGAAAAUGUUCUUGCCUUCCAGGUCAUAAGUUAAAGAAUACUACUGACUGGUCUUAUGGUUGCGAACCGGAAUUCAAUCUUUCCUGUGACAACAGUUCAGACCAGGUUAGUUUCAUUAAGUUCAUGCAUGCCGAUUUUUAUGGAAAUGAUCAUGAAGUGUAUCCUGGUUACACCUUGGAAGAGUGUGAGAAUUUAUGUUUGAGAUUGUGCAAUUGCAAAGGAUUCCAGUACAGGUACAUUGGAGGAAAUCAGUGGUCUCUUUUUUCUGUGAUUAAUAAUAUCCAGCACACAAUUAUUCCUACAGUUUGCUAUCCCAAGAUUUCAUUGCUAAACGGGUAUGUUUCACCAGAUUACGAUGGAGAUUUCUAUGUAAAAUUCCCUAAAAAUGGUUUUUUCUCUGAUAAAGAGGAUAAUUCGGGAUUUGGGUUGAAUUGCUCUAGUGAUAUUGUGAGGCCUUUGUACAGAACUUACCCAGAAAGACUUGAAAAUAGAACACUGCAGUUGCUGUUCUGGUUUGCCUUUGGUUUAGGAGGAGUUGAGAUAUUCUGUAUUCUUUUAGUUUGGUGUUUCUUGAUCAGUUCCCAUAAGGACUCAAAUGAUGCUUCUCAAGGCUACCAGCAAGUUGCAAUAACAGGAUUCAAAAGAUUCACCUACUCUGAACUGAAACAGGCAACUCAAAAUUUCAGUUCAGAAGUUGGAAGAGGAGCAGGAGGAACAGUAUACAGAGGCAAAUUGCCCGAUAAUCGAAUUGCAGCAAUCAAACGACUGAAUAUAGCUGACCAAGGAGAAGCUGAAUUCCUAGCAGAAGUAAGCACUCUUGGGAAGCUUAAUCAUAUGAACUUGAUAGAUUCUUGGGGUUAUUGUGCGGAGAAAAAGCAUAGGCUUCUGGUAUAUGAGUACAUGGAGCAUGGGUCUUUAGCAGAUAAUCUUUUCUCCAAUGCACUAGAUUGGCGAAAAAGGUUCGAAAUCGCCUUAGGCACAGCAAGAGGGCUAGCUUAUCUGCAUGAAGAAUGCCUGGAAUGGGUACUUCACUGUGAUGUAAAGCCUCCAAACAUGCUCCUGGACUCAAAUUACAACCCGAAAGUGUCGGACUUUGGCUUGUCCAAGCUACUAAAAAGAUCAGGCCAUGAUGACUCGAACAUCUCUAGCUUUUCAAGAAUAAGAGGAACGAGAGGGUACAUGGCUCCUGAAUGGGUUUUGAACAUGCGCAUCACGUCAAAGGUGGAUGUCUACAGCUAUGGGAUUGUUGUUUUGGAGAUGGUGACAGGGAAGUGCAGUCCUGCAAUGGGAGUGAGCAGUAAUGGCGGAGAAGAGAAAGAGCAGCGAGGAUUGGUGACAUGGGUAAGAGACAAGAAGAAUAAUGGAGGAGAAUCAUGGAUUGAAGAGAUUGUGGAUCCUAUGCUGGAAGGAGAAAAUGACAGAGUUGAAAUGGAAACUCUUGUUACAUUGGCCUUACAAUGUGUGGAGGAAGACAGUGAUGCAAGACCUACCAUGAGCAAAGUCGUCCAGAUUCUUCUCCAUCAUCAGAACUAUCUCUAGAUAGUCAUUGUUUAUUUAUAAAUUUUCUUACUUUGGACUUACACAUCAAAUCAAAUUGACAGUUGAUUA